CAGGAAGUUUUCCCUGGCGGGAAAACCGAAAACGUUACCUAAGUCGCUUUUGAAACGGCGUCAGAUACGUUUAUUUACAGCGAAUGUCUAAUUUAUGCUAUUGUUAGACGCCUCAAAAGCAGCUAAAUUCGUUGGAGUUGGCAACACACUGAACGGAGUUUCGACCUACCUACAUUUUAUUGGCUAGUUUAGUUAGUUUAGUUUUAACUAUGAAAGAGGUGGAUAAAAUUGUGCUCCUGUCAGACAAGGACACUACAACCGAACUUCAGAAGUACCUGUCCUCUCUGACAAAUGACCAACUUAUUACUGUUAUAACCAAUAGUGCCCUAAAGGGCAAAAACGUCCUUACCCUGAUUAAAGGCAUAUUAAAAGGUUCUCCUCCCAAUUGCAGUGAGGGGUCCAAUCGCAGGCUUGCUGUGUAUCAACACUGCAUACCUUUGUGUGAGUCCGGAGACCUUCAGACUGAAGUGGCAGCUGAUAUUAUUGGACUUCUCAUGCUGGAGACUCACACGCUGUCCGGGCCGUCUCUUGCACAGCUGGCAAAUCUAUAUGUUGAUUCCAUCAAAGUGGGUAAAAUGGGAAGUGGAAAAUCUCUGGAGCUUUUUCCAACUAUUCUCACUGCCCUUGCCGCAUGUGAGGCCUUGUCAUACGGAAAAGGUGAACUCAGUGGUGAAGAAUAUAAAAAACAGCUGAUUAACAGUUUGUGCUCAAGCAGAUGGGACCCGCAGUGUGUAAUUCAUCUGACAACUAUGUUCAGAGAUGUCCCCUUGUCCUCGGACGAACUAAAAUUCCUGGUGGAGAAGACACUGAGGAUGUUCACCAAACUGGAUCUGCAGGAAAUCCCACCGCUUGUUUACCAGCUGCUGCUUUUGUCUGCUAAAGGCUCUAAGAAACAAGUCCUAGAUGGAAUCAUUAGUUACUUCAAAGAGCAGGACGUACGGCAGGAAGAGGAGCAGAAUUGUGGGGAAGACAUGGAUCUAGAAGUUCAGUCCAUCCCUCAGGACCAGCUGAGGCAUGUGGAGGGGACAGUCAUUCUGCACAUCGUCUUUGCCAUUCGGCUGGACCACGAACUUGGCAGAGAAUUUCUUAAAAGCUUCAAGACUUCCUACGCAGACAUGUGUCCUUUCAGUGUUGCCCUUUUGCUGUCAGUGGCUCGUAUCCAGCGUUAUGAAGAGCAGGUGUUUGACCUUUUGAAAGGUGCAGUGAUCAAAAGCUACAAGGACGAGCAUCUUCAGCAAGGGUCAAAGUUCCUACAGGACCUGCUGCCGAGGCACUGCAGUGUCGCUCACAUGAUUCUGGACACCGUCAAGAACAGUGUUUUUGGGUGGGAUCACGUCACCCAGGGUCUGGUUCAGCUGGGAUUCUUCCUCAUGGACACAUUUGGACCCAAACCGGGACCAUUUGGCAAAACCACAGAGGGACCUGUUGGUACAACCCGAACCCCCACUCAGCAGGCCUGUAAGCUGGGGGGUCAGGUCCUCUUAUAUGGCUUUAAGAUACACGAGCCAAUCAGAGGAGAGAUCCUUGAGCAGGUGCUGAAUCGUCUGGUCACAAAGACGGCUUCGCCUGUCAGUCAUUAUUUAGAUCUUUUCUCAGACAUCGUGGUCUCCGCUCCGAUGAUCCUCCUUGAGUCGUCGUCCAAGGUUAUAGAGACGUUUGACCAUCUGUCGUGUCUGCCUUUAGCCACGGUCCAGGGUCUUCUGAAGGCUGUUCAGCCCCUCCUCAAAGUCAGCAUCUCUUUAAAAGAUGCUUUAAUUCUGGUUCUUCGGAAGGCCAUGUUUUCCAGCCAGCUGGAUGGAAGAAAGUCUGCAGUGGCUGGUUUCCUGUUGCUGCUGAAGAAUUUCAAAGUUCUGGGCAGCUUGGCUUCAAGUCAGUGCAGCCAGGCAGUCUCCUCCAGCCAGGUCCAAGUGGAUGUUCAUUCUCGCUACAACUCUGCUGCCAACGAGGCGUUCUGCCUGGAGAUCCUCAGCAGCUUACGCCGCUGCCUGGGCCAACAAGCAGAUGUUCGCCUGAUGCUUUACGAGGGAUUCUAUGAUGUUCUUCGCCGCAAUUCUCAACUAGCGAGCUCCAUCAUGCAGACCCUCCUCUCACACCUGACGCGGUAUUACGAGCCAGAACAAGACCUGCUGCCUCCGGUCAAACUGGAGCCUUGCAUCACUGCUCACGGAGACCAAGUCUACCUUCAGGAGCCCCUGGCUCAUCUGGUGAGCUGCACGGUGCAGUGCCUGCUGUGGCUGCAGAACACGCAACAGUCGGCCAAUCACAGCGCUGACGACAGCGACGACGAUGAGGAAGAGGGAGAGGGGUAUCAGUCUCACCUGCAGACGAUGCUGGAGAGCGUGACCCGGCGCAUGGUCAAGAGUGAACUGGAGGACUUUGAGCUGGACAAGUCUGCUGAGUUUUCAAUGGGAUCCAGUGUUGGAGUGAAGAAUAACAUCUACGCCGUGCUGGUGAUGGGAGUCUACGAGGUUCUGAUCGAGUACAACUUCAUCAAAGCCAAAUACAAUAAGAGCCACUUCGAGGAGCUUAUUGGUCUGUUCAACUGCUACAACAAGCUGUCAGAGAUCCUGAAAGAGAAAUCGGGGAAAGUCAGAGCUCCGUCACACAAGACGCCCCGCAGUCUGCUCUCCAUGGGUUUCGCAUCAACUCUCAUCACUGUUCUGUUCAAAGACAACAGCCAAAGCAGGGAGGAAGCCCUCUCUGUGCUUCGCUCCAAUGCAGAAUUUGUACGUUAUGCGUUAAGCGUAGUUGUGCAGAAGAUCCAGCAACUGGAGGAAAGUGGACAAACGGAUGGUCCGGAUGGACAGAGUGCAGAAAAGACAUUCCGUUUUCUUUGUGACAUGACAAGCGUGCUGAUGUGGCGGUACACAAACAUUCCCAGUGCGGUGGAGGAGGCAGGGAGGAAAGACAAGCGCUGCAGCCUGUCCCAGCUUUGUUUGGAGGGUCUGCUCAGGAUUUUCACCACCUGCCAGCUGCGCUACCCAGACAAGAUGGCCCAGCUCCUCUCCACCAUGGACGUUGCAGAGGAUGAAGCAGAGCAAGAGGACGCUACAGAGAUGAAUUACUUUUACAUCCGACAGUUUCAGAGGGCGCUGUUCACUAAGUUAAGUGGAGGUGAGGAGGAUUUCAACAGUAGAGAGGCUCAGCUGCUGGUCAGCAUUUUGAGCGUGCUCUCACGGCAGCUGAAUCCCUCCUCCAAACAGUUUGUACAGAUGAUCACAUGGACAGUGAAAAUCUGCAAGGAGACAAGUUUUGAGGAUUCUGCAUUCUCUAAGGGGAUGCUCUCUCUCCUGUUUAACCUCCAUGUUCUCUACAAGUCUCCUGUCGGCCUGCUGCUUGAACUCUGCCAAGACAUUCACAGCCAGCUGGGAGAUAUUGAUGAGGAUGUGGAAGUGGAAAAGCAGAAUAUCUUCGCCAUUAUUAACAUGAAAACGGCUUCAAAUGCAGCUGUGUUUGUGCUUUCCCAAGUAGAGAAAAUUCUGGAUGAAGUGGAGUGGCUUAUUGCCCAAAAGAAAAGUCAGGCGGCCUCUGAUAAACUCAACUGCGGUGAGGACACUCAGUCUGCAGGCCAGCAGGAUCCGGUGGAGAAGGCAGUGACGCUGCAGCUGGGAACGCUUGUGACGGCGUUAAACGAACUGGUCCAGACGUCUCUCCAGCCGGGAAACUGCACCAUCACUCUGCUGAGAGUGCUGAGUCGCACCUACAGCAUCCUCGCAACUCUAGUCAAAUACUACAUCCAGGUGUGUACGAGUCAGCACAGUGCACUUCCAGCUCGUUUUGAGAAACUGGUCAAGUUGUCUGGCUCCCACCUAACACCACAGUGCUACGCCUUUAUUACCUACGUACAGAGUGGAGAAACCGCCGAAGGAGAUGAGAAGAAGAAAAAGAGAAAGAAUGACGUGAACACCGCUGCUUCUGCAAAGCUUUUGCGUGAGACAAAAGCCACCCCAAACUUGAUCUUCAGUAUUGAACAGUAUGAGAAAUAUCUUAUUACACUCUCAAAGAAGUCAAAGGUGAAUUUGAUGCAAUACAUGAAGCUCAGCACUUCAAGAGAUUUCCGCAUCAAUGCUACGACUCUGGAGGCAGCUCUGCAGGAGCAGGACCACAGCCAGGAGACGACAGAGACACAAAACGGAGAGGGAACCCAGGAACCCAAAAAGAAGAAAAGAAAAGUCUGAGCUGACUCAAGGAUUGAACGGGGUUAUUGCAGUUCUGUGUUCUGUUUGUUUAGAUGCUCCUAUCUUCC